AUGGACAGAUACAGGAUAUGGGACCAAGAGUAUUUGGUACAGUGGUUCCACCUUCAGCCCUGCUGGCUAGGGGGCCAUGCAUAUGGGGAAAGGAAGAAAUCAGAGGCAGAUGGCAAAAAGUGUAAUUUUAGCUGCUGUCUGAAAGCCACCUGUGAAGGGAAUCACCUUUCUCUUCUGGACUCACUUCCAGGUGCAACUUCAGGGGACGAUACUGAAGACACUAGCACCGAGUUCACAGACAGUAUCGAGGAGGAAGCUGCACACAGUAGCCAGCAACUCAUCAAGGUGGCCUUGGAGAAAAGCCUAGCAGCUGUGCAGACCCAGAAUGUAUGUCUUCCCCCUCCUUCCUCAGCAGGAGGGAACAAUAACAGAGGUCUUCAGGGACUGCGAUCCGAGAUCCACCAACACUUAGAGGAGAAGAGGAGAGCUGAGGGGGAACUGAAAGAGCUAAAGGCUCAAAUUGAGGAAGCAGGAUUCUCCUCUGUGGCCCACAUCAGGUCACAGUGCUCACAGAGCUCGCCCAGAUUUAAGGAGGUGGAGAACAGCCUCUACCUGCCAGUGAGAGAAGGAGCAAAGGCACAUUGGAAAUAUGAUUCCCUGAUUCAGGAUCAGGCCCGAGAGCUGUCGUACCUACGCCAGAAGAUACAAAAAGGGAGAGGCAUCUGUUACCUUCUCACCCAGCAUGCAAAAGAUACAGUAAAAUCUUUUGAGGACCUUCUUAGGAGCAAUAACAUAGACAACUACCUGGGGCAGAGCUUCCGAGAGCAACUUGCCCAGGGAAGCCAGUUGACAGAGAGGCUUACCAGCAAACUCAGCACCAAGGAUCAUAAAAGUGAGAAAGAUCAAGUUGGACUUGAACCACUGGCCCUCAGGCUCAGCAGAGAACUGCAGGAGAAGGAGAAGGUGAUCGAGGUCCUGCAGGCCAAGCUGGAUACCCGGUCCCUCACACCCUCCAGCAGCCAUGCCUUGUCGGACUCCCAGGGCUCUCCCAGCAGCUCCUCCUUCCUGUCUGAUGAGCUGGAAGCCUGUUCUGACAUGGAUGUAGCCAGCGAGUACACGCACUACGAAGAGAAGAAGGCUCUGCGUGGUCACUCAGGCUUUCACUUUCCCUCCAUACCCAUGCUGAUUAGCCUUCCCCAGGCACCACUGCCCUCAGCAGCACCCAGCUUCCUGCCUUUCAGCCCCACUGGCCCUCCCCUCCUUGGCUGCUGUGAGACCCCCGUGGUCUCCUUGGCAGAGGCUCAGCAGGAGGUACAGAUGCUGCAGAAACAACUGGGAGAAAGUGUCAGCACCAUCCAUCCUGCUUCCCCAGCUGCACUGCCAAGCAACCAUUUAGAAGCCAGCUCUUCUCACUAUCUCAACCCCGCCCAGCCCCACUCUCCACUGAGGGGUGGACCAGAACUGGGCAAAAUCCUGGAGCCUGGCUAUCUGGGCAGAGGCAGCCAGUGGGAUGUGAUGAGGCCUCAGAAAGGGAGUGUAUCAGGCGACCUGUCCUCUGUGUGUCAGCUUAACUCCAAACCCAUAGGGGCUGACGUUCUGGAGGAACAUCUCAGAGAGAUCCAGAACCUGUGCCAGUGCCUGGAGGAGUCCAUCUGCAUCAACGACCGGCUGCGGCAGCAGCUUGAACACCGGCUCAGCUGUGCAGCCCGUGGGAGCGGAUCUACCUCCAAUUUCUACAGCCCCAGCCUGGAACCCACACCUCAGCUCUACAAUAAGAACAGAGUUCUUAAGGAAGAAAACCAGAGCCUUCAGGCUCAGCUGAGUCGUGUUUCUAGAGAGCACUCCCAGGAGACGGAAUGCCUGAGGGAAGCCCUGCUGUCCUCUCGAUCCCUGCUUCAAGAGCUGGAGAUGGAGCUGGAGCACCAAAAGGGGGAACGGCAGCAGCUUCUGGAAGACUUGAAGGAGAAGCAACAGGAGAUCUUGCAUUUCCAGGAGGAACGCCUGUCCCUCCAGGAGAAAGAGUCCAGGCUGCAGCACAAGCUCGCCCUCCUGCAGCAGCAGUGUGAGGAGAAACAGCAGCUCUUCCAGUCCCUCCAGUCAGAGCUACAAAUCUAUGAGGCGCUUUAUGGCAAUUCCAAGAAAGGGCUGAAAGCUCCCACCUGGGAUGCCUGUCUCCAGGUCCCUUUGAGCAGUGAGCUGAGCCACCUGAUGGCAGAGAUCCGAGCUUUGUGAGGGCAGCUGGAGCAAAGCAUCCAGGUGAACAGCUGUCUGCGAUUGCAGCUGGAGCAGCAGUUGCAUGGCGGGGGGAGCAAAGCCAGCCUCAGCCCCUCCUCCGCCCACCAGGAGGACCCUGGAAACAAGCAACUGCUCCUCCAAGACUCCAUUGCUUCCCUCCAGCCUGCAGCUGGCAUGAACUCUCCAGCGCUCACAUUCCCUAGCCUUUCUGCCGCUGCUCCUGGCUCAGAGACCACCAUUUUCAAGAGGACAAAUGAGCUGGAUUUGGAUGCUUCUCCAGUGAUGAAGAAACCUCUCAAGCUGGAGGGUGAAGCUACUGAUGGCUCCUUUGCCAAUAAGCAUGGCUGCCAUGUCAUUGGCCACAUUGACGACUACAGUGCCCUAAGACAGCAGAUAGGGGAGGGCAAAUUGCUGGUCAAAAAGAUAGCAGCUCUUGUGAGAUUAGCCUGCCUUGAAACUCAGGGCACAGAGGUGCCGGGCAGCAAAGGCAUCCAUGAACUUGGGAGCAGCGCCCAGGCCCUGCAGCACACGCUGGACGAGUCGGCCUCCCUCCUCACCAUGUUCUGGCGAGCGGCCCUGCCCAGCUCCCCCAGCCCUGUCCUGUCUGACAGCACAGGACAGUCCCUGCAAAGGGAACUUCUAGAACUGAGAACCAGACUGUCCAGACAGGAGAGCAUCCUUCAGAGCACAGCGGAGCGUCUGACGACCGCCAACCAGCAGAAGGAAAGCAUGGAGCAGUUCAUCUUCAGUCAUGACCAGGACACAUGAUAUUUUGAAGAAGGAAAGGACUAAUUUGGAGGAGCCACGGAAGAAAAGGAGCCACUGGAGGUCCUUCAAACAGCAGGAAGACUGGGCCUGCCCCCCUCUGGUGCAGAUCCCAGUCUGCUGAGGAGACCUGGAGCCCAGUCCUCCACACCUGCCAGAGGGUCCCAUCC